UUCAUUUGGCCACUGAACAAGCCUGGAGUAGGAGGGACCAUGUUGACAUGAACGGAGCCGGCUGUCGUUGGGCUUUGGGAAGCAAGUCACAUCAUGGAUAAAAACGCCAUGGUCAAAGUUGGGGCUGUGGCCAGCGCCAGCAUGUGCGCUAUGUUUGGUGGUGUCGUUUUGGCGCAAUACAUUUUUACCAGGAAGAACAGAGCGGGGAAGAAAACGAAGAUAAUCGAAAUGAUGCCGGAGUUUGAGAAGAGCACGGUCCACAUAAAGGACCCGGAGCGGGUUGAGCAGGUGAUCUGCGACUUGAUCAAAGGUGGAGCCCCUAAGCUGCAGAUUAUCACAGAUUUCGAUAUGACAUUAAGUAAAUUCGCAAUCAAUGGAAAACGCUGCCCAUCUUGUCAUAAUAUCAUCGAUAACUGCAAACUUGUCACAGAGGAUUGCCGCAAAAAGUUGCUGCAGCUGAAAGAAACCUACUAUCCCAUUGAGAUAGACCCCCACCUCACUAUUGAGGAGAAGUUUCCAUUCAUGGUCGAAUGGUAUUUUAAAUCCCACACGUUAUUAGUGGAACAGAGGCUUCAGAAGGACAAACUCCCAGAGGUGGUGAGAGAGUCCGAUGCAUCUCUCAGGGAGGGCUAUGAGCAGUUCUUUGAUCGGCUUCUGCAGCACAAUGUGCCUGUGUUCAUCUUCUCUGCUGGCCUGGGCGAUGUGCUGGAGGAGAUCAUUCGCCAGGCUGGGGUUUACCACGCCAACGUCAAAGUGGUCUCCAACUUCAUGGAUUUCGAUGAGAAUGGAGUCAUCAAAGGCUUCAAAGGCGAGCUCAUCCAUGUGUACAACAAACAUGACGGCGCGCUCCGAAACACGGAGUACUUCAAGCAGCUGAAGGACAACUGCAAUAUCAUUUUGAUGGGCGACUCCCUUGGUGACCUGAACAUGGCCGACGGUGUGCCCAGUGUGGAGAACAUCCUCAAGAUUGGCUUCCUCAAUGACAAGGUGGAGGAGCGCUUGGAGAAGUACAUGGACUCUUACGAUAUUGUCCUGGUGAAGGACGAGUCUCUAGAAGUGCCCAAUUCCAUCCUCCAAAGGAUCCUGUGAAUGGUCAGCCAUGCACCCGGGGUGGUCAGGGAGUUUUUUUAAAUUGACCCUUCAUCAGUCCGAUCUUCUGAACUCUUUGGCACGUUUCCAUUGCUCUGGGAUAUCGGCUAUUUGACCUUUUAUGAAAUCCUCUACCCACCCCCGGCAACCCCAUCCUGCCCCACCCUGGCCCACCAUCCUCCAUCUUGUCAAGACCUCUGUUAUGUUCACUCUUUUUCCUUUGCUUUCUUUUUAAAGACAACUACAUGAACUGUUUUCUUAAAGUGCUCAACAUCCAUCAGUUGCUGGUCUGUUUGUGUCCGUCUGGUUGUCAUUACUGGACUGCGUACACAAUGGUCGAUAAACACAACACAAUACAAACAGCCAAACAAAAACCAAAACAUGUCUGUCAAUCAACUUUGUUCAAUUUGCACAUUAUUAUUACUAUUGCUAUUAUCAUUGCUUUUAUUUUUAUAUUGUAAUGUUGUUAUGGGAGUAGAUAUGCAGUAUAUUAAGGUUUGUUUAAGGUUUAUGGAAAUAUCACAGACAGAUCCUGCAUGUGUUUUACCACUAGAAUCUUCUAAUGAUGCAGGAGGGGAGAAGAUGUGCAUUUAAACAACGCCAUUGAAUAAGAAGCGGUCAGGAUCACUGCCACGUGCUUUCUGACUGAUGUUUUUCCAUGGGUGUUGAAGUUAACCUCCAGUGAUGGACAAUAUGCACUCCAGGAUAGUAUCAGAGAAUGUAUGUUACAUAUGCCCUCGAAUGUUUGACAAACAGGCAAAAUGGUGGCAUUGUUGUUCAUUUGCAAUUCAGGCUCAAAAGAUUAUUUCUUUCUUUCUUUUUUUUUUGGCUUUCAUUCUUUCACCAGAUGCAUUUUAUUGGUGUAUGUCUGAUACUUAGAAUGCACACUACCUCCAAGAUGUUCACCUUUGGGGUGGAACAGUGUAACUUUGUUUUUGAUUUGCACUCAUUGUAAAGUCCCUUUUUGAAUUAAGCAUUAGUGUAUGCUGCUACCAAUUGCAUGUUGCCUUUCUUAAAUGCAUAUCAUGUGAGUUUCAAUUGUCAAUAAAAUAAAUAUAUAGGAGA